AUGGCAGACAUUUACAGUGAGGCGAUUCUCGUCAUAUCGGCAGCCAACGCAAAUCAUGUCGGCUUUGGCUUUUUGAACGAAAGGUCUGGCUCCCGAACUUUCAAGAACAAACUUCAGAAAUAUCCUAAUGAUCCAACUCAUCUUUUGGUCCAAGAACCCACCACGCACGGCAACAUUCUAGGAGAUCCGACUUUGGAGCAGCAAUGGCCUGUCUUCCGUCGUGCUUGGACUUUGCAGGAGCGACUUCUAGCCACAAGAUUGGUCCAUUUUGCUGCUGGAGAAGUCAUUUGGGAAUGUGCAAGUACUUGUGCAUGUGAAUGCGGUCAUCUUGAAGCAACGAACGCUGUCACUUCGAGAAAACGAUACGAUCUUUCAAGUCUAGAGCUAUUGACAGCGGUUGAACGAGCCAAUCGAUGGGACGAACUGGCCUUGUCCUAUCAAAAUCGACAUAUAUCAAAGGACAAAGAUCGCCUUUCGGCGCUGUCUGGUCUUGCACACCGCUUUCAAUCGGAAUGCCUCGGGGAUUACCUGGCAGGAUUGUGGUCAAACUUUGCAUUGGGGAUGCUGCUGUGGGAAGUGAAGCAAGGUCGAAAAUCAACCGAGUAUGUCGCACCGAGCUGGUCUUGGGCCUCCUUCCAAGGCCGUCUAACUCGCAAUGAUGCUAUACAGCACAACAGUGAAUUUAAGGCGGUCUUGGAAGAAGCAUAUUGUGCACCAGCCACUACUGAUCCGCACGGCGCGAUUGUUCUGCAGUCCGGGUUCAUGAGGAUUCACUCACCUGCUAUCGAUGGUGUUAUUGUUCGAGACCCCCUGAAUGGUCACCCAAUGAUACAACUCAUCUCAGAAUUACAGGCAUUUCUAGUGGCCGAUGUACAAAUCGUGGAGUCGCAAAUUGGUGGAACCGUUAAAUGCCUCUUCCUUCGAGGUCUUGAAACCGGAUCUUCUGGUCGUUAUGUAGAAGCAUUGAUCCUAACAGUCUCUAGGAAUCUGGUUGAUUAUGAGCGGUUGGGCAUUGCUCAUAUUCCCAGUCACUCAUUUGACGAGGACAACUUGCUGCGGGUGGAAGUGCCAUUGUCUUUGCAGACAGUCAACAUCGUUUGA